AGACGAGUAUAUAGCCCCUACCUCUCCAGCCAGGCCAGGAACAGACGCCAAGGACAGAGACGCUGACUAGCUUUGUUCCUAGGCCACCUUCCCUACUGUCACCACCAUGAAGUUGCUUGCAAUGACUGUGCUGCUGCUCACCAUCUAUAGACUUGAAGGAGCUUUGGUUCGGAGACAGGCAGAGGAGCCGAGUCUGCAGAGCCUGUUCUCUCAGUACUUCCAGAGCAUCACCGACUAUGGCAAGGACCUGGUAGAGAAGGUCAAGGUCCCGGAGCUUCAGACCCAAGCCAAGGCUUACUUUGAAAAGUCAACGGAGGAGCUGACACCCGUGGUCAAGAAGGCUGGAACUGAUCUGGUUAAACUGUUUAACUAUUUUGUGAACUUUGGAAAACAACCUUCCACCCAGUGAGUUGUCCAGACCAUUAUCUUCCGGCCCCAGCUGGCCUCUAGAACACCCACUGGCCGGGCCUAGAGCCCCUCCCUCUACCCACUCCCUGUUUGCCACAAUAAAUGCUGCAGGAGUCAA